UCCACCGCGUCAAGAUGCUCUUGCGUAAUUUGUUUUUUGCACUCCUCUUAAAGGCUUCGACUGUAUCUGCAGCAUAUCCAACAUGUCAACUAGACGAGGAAUGCGUCAGACUCUGCGAUUGUUCCCCACUGAGGGGCAUUCUGAAGCCCAGGGGUAUGACUGUGACGGAGAUACAUGUAUUUAAGGACAGGCAGUGCGGCCUUGCUCCCCGAGGAGAUGCCCUACUGCUAAGGGUUUACAUCUGUUGCCCGAAACAAAGUUGGAUCCUGCCGAACAGUCAGAUGUGCGGGCAAACGCCGCCCGCUUUUCACGUUGUGGCUGGCCGAGAGGCCCCACUGAACGGGUUUCCCUGGAUUGCCAUGCUCCUGUACAGGUCCUCGAGGGACUGGAGCCUAGUGCCCAAAUGCGCGGGCUCCCUGAUCACCAAUCGCUUCGUGCUCACCGCAGCCCACUGCUUGGACAUAGAUGGCUUCGAGCUACGGACGGUGCGCCUUGGCGAGCACAAUACCUCCUCCAAUCCGGACUGUGCCAAUAUGCUUGGCCGAUGGAGAUGCACGGCCCGGCAUCUGGAGAUCAAUGUGGACAAAUCUAUCAGUCAUAAGGACUACAGGGUCGUCGGUGGGAAACACUAUAACGACAUAGCCCUGCUGCGUCUGCAAUAUCCAGUAAGAUAUACACCGGAAAUCCAACCCGUGUGUAUUAAACCUGUCCCUGAAUUCCGGAAUUUCUCCUUUGAAAACGAAACCAUGCAAAUAGCAGGCUGGGGCUACUCGCAGUGGCAGAGUAUGAGUAAUGUGUUGCUGCAAGCCUACGUCAAGGGAAGAAGUGCGGAUGAGUGCUCAGGGUAUGCUAAAGAUGUCUUGGGAUUCGAUAGGGAUUCCCAGAUAUGUGCCGGUGGCCAGGACGGAACGGACACUUGUGACGGCGACUCUGGCGGUCCGCUGAUGGCCACAAUGGGGUGGGGCGUGGAUGAGUUCAACUACUUAGCUGGAAUAACCUCGUACGGAGCCAGAUUCGGACGGACAUGCGGAUACGGACCAGCUGUUUACACAAAAACUUCACACUUUAUCGAAUGGAUAGAAUGGAACAUGUAUACAAAUCAAUAGGAUGUACUUCUCAACUCUUCCCCUGUGAAAGUAUAAUAAACUGCCUCA